AUGUCGUCGUGGAAUAAUAAUUCUCCGUGUGCAGCGUGCAAGAUUCAGCGAAGAAAAUGCACACAAGAAUGUAUUUUUGCACCAUAUUUUCCGCCAGAUAAUCCUCAAAAAUUUGCUUAUGUACACAAAGUCUUUGGCGCUAGUAACGUUGCAAAGUUACUCAACGAGGUUAAUAUUUCACAGCGUGAAGAUGCUGUUAAGUCAUUAGCUUAUGAAGCAGAAGCGCGUUUGAGAGAUCCUGUUUAUGGUUGUGUUGGUCUUAUUUCACAUCUUCAGACUAAACUCAGAGACUUGCAAAAUGAACUUGUUAAUGCCAAGAAAGAACUUGCUUCUUUUCAUUCACCACCACAGCCGCCACUGCUUCUGCCGCCGGCUGCGGCGACUGGAAGUUCUUAUUUUUCCUUCGGUUCUUCUUCUGCUCAACAGCGUCAUCAUGAGAUUUUCAACUUCAGCGGUAAUAAUAAUAAUAUUAAUAACUCAUUUUCUAGCUUUCAAAUGCACCCUUUUCAGAAUCAGUUGAUGAUUUCAUCAUCAUCAUCAUCACAGCCACAAACACAAAUCCAUAACCAGUUUUUCUCAAAGAAGAUGUUGAAGGAAGAAAGACAGAAUCUUGAUUAG